AUGGAAUCGACUAGUCAGAAUAGCCAAUUAAACAAUGUAUUGAAUAAUGUUUUGGGGUUAGAUGAUGAUGAUAGUUUGUUGUCCCAAAAUGAUGAACAUCAUGAAGAUUCUGAUGAUGCAUACGAUGGGCCAGAACAUUAUUUGCAUAGUGAUGAUGAAGAUGUUAUUAACAAGCUCUUUGAAGAAAUGAAUCAACCGGAGCAAGAGGAAUCAAUAAGUGUUAGUGACGGAGAGGAAUCAAUAAGUGUUAGUGACGGAGAAGAAUAUGAAGCUGAAGAAGAAUGUGAUGAACAGACAAAUUCAGCUAAUGAUGAUAAUUUUUCAGACCAACAAUAUAUGGAAGGCCCUCUUGUAGAUAUGGUCUAUUGUAGUGUAGAAUCUCUUUUUGCUUUUUAUAAAGAACAUAGUCGUUUAAAUGGAUUUGAAGUUCUUAAAAAGACUUCAAAAAAGAGAGGUAGUGAAUACGCUAGGUAUGUCUCAUUCGCUUGUGAUAAGAGUAGAAAACCAACUGCUAAGAAUUAUAGUAAAAGGGUUGAUUGCAAAUGCAAAGUUAAUUGUGUUGUGCUGCCUGAUGGUUCUUGUCGCGUAACAACAGUUACGACGGAGCACAACCAUGAGUUGCAACCAUAUUUGGCACGUUUUUUUGGUUGCCAUAGGAAAAUAAGUAAGGCAUUAAAACGAAACCUUGAAGCCCAUGACAUCGCAAGAAUUAGACCUGCCAAAAGCAUUAGACUUUUGAAAGUACAAGCAGGUGGUCCAAAUAGAAUGGGAUGCACACCUAAAGGCUGUCGAAACUACAUUCUUCAACAACGCAGGAUGAGGACAUUGUCAUGCGAUGCUGCGGCAAUACAAAAAUUCUUCGCUUCAACACAGAUGAAGGACGAUGAAUUUUUUUAUGUAAUUGACACAGAUAAUAUUGGUAGACUUCGCAACGUAGUGUGGGUUCACACACAUUACAAGUAUGCGUAUCGGGAGUUUAGUGAUGUUGUUUGUUUUGAUUCAACGUACUUGGUGAAUCAAUGGCGCAUGUCGUUUGCAUCUUUUGUUGGUGUUAAUCAACACAAACAGUCUAUUCUUUUGGGCUGCGCUUUGCUCAUAAGUGAGGAUAUUAAGACUUACGUUUUCUCUACUUGGCUGGUAGCAAUGGGCAAUGAACCUCCAACGACUAUCCUCACUGAUCAAUGUAAGAGUAUCAAGGCAGCAAUUGCAGAGGUACUUCCAGACACCAUUCAUAGGUAUUGUAUUUGGCACAUUAUGACAAAGCUGCCUGCAAACCUUAAGGGUGUGUGGGACUUUAAGAUUGCUAAGUCCGAAUUUAAAUCAAUAAUUUAUAACAGCAUCACUAUCAACGAAUUUGAGAAAAAAUGGGCUGGCUUUAUUCAAAAGUACGAGCUUCAGCAUAGACUAUGGUUUCAUAAUCUAUACUUGGAGAAGGAAAAAUGGAUCCCUAUCUUCCUGAAACACUAUUUUUGGGCUGGCAUGAUGUCCACCCAAAGAAGUGAGUCAAUGCAUGCAUUUUUUUAUGGUUAUAUAUCUGGUCAAAGCUCUCUAAAGCAGUUCGUUGAGCAGUAUGAGUUAGCCUUGCGAUUUAAAUAUGAGAAGGAACUUCAAGCAGAAGCUGACUCACGAAAAAAGCAUGCAGCACCUUGUAGUGGUUUUGAUUGGGAUUUGCAGCUUCAAACCCAUUAUACUCGACCUAUUUACGAUGCCUUUGCAGCAGAGCAUUUGAAGCGGUUGUACCACUGUGAAAUUAAAAGACACCAUGAUUUCAAUGUCGUGGAGGGAGUUGAGAAGUACAGUGUAACAGAUUAUUCCAUAUCUAAUGAUUUUCAUGGAAAUCGAUUUGUUUACAUUGUGGAAUAUUGGCCUUAG